CAUGUAUAGUUUGGCCGGGCGGAAGGCCGAUUCCUUUCUGUCUUUCUUCGUUUAAAUAAAAAUUCAAACCUUGAAUUUGGUUUGGUUCGUGCAGUGGGAUUUAGAAAACACAUGAAAUAACUGUUUUUAUUGUUAUCGUUGGGUAUUCUGCGUAGCGUCUGUCCAGAUCGACAACAACCGGAACACAAACACAGAAGAUUUCAUUUCAAAUUGAUUUGAUUUGUGAUUGACUCUUUUGUUGAGGAUUGGACUUGGAAUUUGGAUGAGACAACUUUCCCAACUUUCAAGGACGAGAUACGCUGAGCCAUGUCUACGGAAUACUUGUGCAACCCUCUUCAUUAUGUAGAGGCAAUGAAGCACAAACACCCAGCCAUACUUAAGGACUGGUGCUGUACUGAGCUCUCCCAUGUAUUAGAUUUCAGUGGCUCCGAUGGUCUGGGUCAGGUGUUAGCAGGCAUCAUUGAUAUCAGGCAGGGAAAAACAUUUGUUAAGAAGUUCAGCAGAAAUAAACAAAAAAGUUAUGGUGUAACAUCAGUUGGUUGUGGAGUAUUUGGUGCACCCUUGACAGAAGAAGGUUACUGCCAGGCUCGCCAGCUAAUUGACUUUCUAAAAGAUUAUAUCAGCAAGGAAGGUAUAUUUCGCAUUCCUGGCAACUCAGAGCGCCAACGCCGUUUGAAGGACAAGAUUGGUAGCGGUCUUUUAGUUGAUUUGGAUAAUGAUGUCUUCACUGCUCAUGAUGUAGCCUGUGUCUUAAAGACCUACCUUGGAGAUCUUCCUGAACCCUUACUGACUGACAAACAUUAUCCUGCUCAUGUACAAGCUGCAGGUUUGACAUUUAAAAUGAAUGAAGUGCCAUGCUUGACGGAGGAGCUUGGCAAACAGUAUAAAGACCAGAAGACUCGAGAUCACAUCACAGCAUUGAGAUACCUGUUCCUUAUGCUGCCUCCAGUUUACUUAAAGAUGCUGAGAGAACUCUUGGAACUCCUUCAUUCCAUCACAGAACAUGAACAACUAAAUAAGAUGUCUGCAUUCAACCUUGGGGUCAUGUUUGCUCCACAUAUUCUCUGGCCUAGAUAUUUGACUGCAGAUGAUCUUCGGGAUCAGGUAUUUGUGAAUAAACUCAACUGUGGUGUGGAGUUCAUGAUCACACAUUUUCACAAAAUUUUCAAGGUUCCAGCCAAGAUGUUAAAACGAUGUGAGCAGUAUAUAAAGUAUGGCAAGCUGACUGAAGAUGAAGAGGAGAAACCUGCCCGUAAACUAUCUAAGGAUGAAUGUGACAGUAAAAGAGGUCGAGUCAUUAGUGCUCCUCAGACAGCUAGUGUUGAAGUCAAGAAAGAGAAGAUACAAACGGAGGCAGCAUUAGCUCAACUCUAUGCUCACGUCCAAGAGAUGCCUCCUAGCUCCAAGAAGAGAAAGCUUAUGAAACAGUUUGCAAAGAAUAGCAACAUGCCAGGUACACCUACAAGAGUGAAAGAAGAUGUGCUUGUAAACAGUAGGCAACGCAAGCACACACGAAGCAAAUCAGUUGGAGAUGUUAUUGUUAAACAUAUUUCCACCCCUGGGUAUAUGAAGAAGAGAAGACCAGCCCCACUUCCUCCUGCAGAACAUGAAGAGACUGCACAACAAAGAGGAUACAUGCGUGAUGUAAGGCAUGAAAUGCGUGAUCAACUUCGUAGGACUUGUGCCAACUCCUGGGAAACUCCUCCUACUGAGAGACAUCAGAGUCCUCAUGCUACUCACCAACACCGAUCUAAACAAUCCACUACCCCAACUUCUACUACACGGCAGAAAAGACCAGCUCCACUCACUCCCAAACAACUUCAACAACUUGGGCAAGUUUCCACAACGCCUAAGACUGAAGUAGUGAAGCCUGUACCUGCAGUGAGAUCCUCAAUACAGACCAGGAAGCGAAGAAGUGAUGGCCAACCUUCAGAUACUCCUACAGAAUCUACUGGCAGAAGUCAAAUCAAACCAGUACCAAAACCAAGGAUCGUCAAGGAAAACAGUCCAUUGAUGCCUGCUCGGCCCAGCCAUCAUCACCGCCGUCAACAACGACAAGCCAACAAGCAUGAGCUCAAUAGUCUGGUAUAGAAUACACUCAUUCUACAAACAUAACAAAUGUAUAAAUGUGUAGAUGGUCAAAUUAAGAUGUAAUGUUCAUAGAGUUGCUGAAGCACAAAAGUUAAGGUAAGCAUCUAACAACAUUUUGCAAUUAGAAAGUUAACUAGCCAAAAUACAGAGUUUUUACAUGCAAUUAUAAAGGCUGGUUUCUUGCUCAUUUUAGCUUAUUUCAUAAUACACUGUUAAGCAGAAAAUAUUGCUAAGAAGUAUAGCAUGUUUAUAAGCAGUCAUCCCCUGCUUAGUUAUGCUGCUUUAUGAAUCUGAUUCAAAAGUUAUGUUCAAAUUCACAUGACUUGUCAGGUACAAGAACAUUUUUAUUAUCCAAGGUAUGCCCGUAUUGAUUCCUACUUUUUUGACUUUGUUUUCUUUAUUAUUUAUCACAAACUUGUAUAUACAUUGUCAUUGAUUGAUCCUGGCUUCCAAACUUUCUUGAAAGAGGUUUGGCUAUCAAGGGUAGAAAGACAGACCAAAUGUAGGUUCUGAUUUUAUUAUAGAUAAUAUAGACUUGCUUAAUCAGUUUGGGUUUUUUUCGUUCCCAAUUUCCCAAUGCAACACCCAUAUCUGCUGGAUUUGUUCAAAUAAAAAUCUCACAAGUUGAACUAUGAACUCACCAGCAAGACACUUUGUAAAAAAAUGUACAGAGAUAGAUUUUUGGUGGACCCUCAAUCACGGUGGUAUAAGAUGCAUUUUUGGGGGUAUUUGUAGUGAAGAAAUGAUAAAGAUAUAUCUAAAACAGCUACACACUAAUGGGUUAUGAUUUACAAAGUGCAAGCAAUACUAUAAUCCAGUUACUUCUUAAUGUAAUGUCCAUAAAUUAGGUUCUCUAAUGUAGUUUUGAAAAUUGUUUUGCCUGAUCUUUUUUCUUGUGAACCAAAAGGGCCAAAUAAAACAGCAAAGGCAAUGGUGUGCCAGCUGUGCCAAACUUGGCCACUUCUAAGAAAGAGUAAAAUGGUAAAUUGCAAUGUAAAGAUAAGCCUGAUGUAUAAAUAUGUAUAUGACAGGCCGAGUAGGUGUCAUCUCAUGUAUUUGAGUAGCAAGUAAUGGUAAAAAGUGCUUUGUGUUUACAUGAAGCAUCACACUUUUUAGUAUUUUUAAUCCAAACAUGCCUAUCAUACAUGAUUAUCUGUUCAUUUUUUUUAAAGCACUGCUGAGAAACCUAUGAUUUUUCAGAAUUUUAAAUCAGAGUUGUUAAAUCGGAAGUGAAAUAUAAAACAAUUUAAUGCAAUUUGUACAUUAAUAAUCUUCUGUACAAAGUCCUGUACAAUACUGCUCCGGGUACUUUGAGAAGCAAGGUAGGAUUUUCAGAAUUUUAAUUUCUAGUUGAAUAUUUUGAAGUUUGACCAGUGCAGGCAACUGCCCCAAUUGUCUCUCUCUCUGGCUUACUGCUGGUAAGGGAACACAUUUUAUACUGUAUAUGAAGUAUCAGUUUUUAUUCAACCAGUGGCAUAGCAUAAGCAUGGAUAUUUUACAAUUGUGACAUAUUGUGACAAAUCUUAAUUCCCACAACAUAGACAAAAGGUAAACAUUGUUAUUGUCAAGGCAAGGGCAGGCUGUUU